AUGGAAUCAUCAGUUGUGGAAUUUUACCAAAAUAAAUCGGUGUUUCUAACGGGAUUCACAGGAUUAUUGGGACACAUUAUUACGGAAAAACUUUUAAGAUGCUGCGAUCUUAAAGCAAUUUAUGUCUUGGUUCGAGACAAAAAAGGAAAAUCAUGGCAAAAUCGUCUCGAUGAAGUGUUUGAGGAUCCUCUUUUUGAGCGACUUCACAAAGAAAAACCUGAUUUCAAAAAGCGUGUUAUUGGAAUUGUUGGCGAUUGUGGAGUUCUUGAUCUCGGCUUAAAUUCGAAUGAUAUAAACACAAUUAAGGAAAAAGUUAAUGUCAUUAUUCAUGCUGCUGCUACUGUUCGAUUUGACGAAACGCUCAAAAAAGCUCUUUUCAUGAACGUCAAAGCUACAAAAACGCUCCUUGACAUCGCCAAAGAAAUGCGAAAUCUCGAUGCUUUUAUCCAUGUCUCAACCGCGUAUGCGAAUUGCAAUCAAAGAGGAGACAUUAACGAAGCAUUUUACAAACCAAAAUAUUCGGCGACAAAUAUGCUGAAAUUGCUCGAAAUCUUGGAUGAAAAAGCCUUCAAUGAUUUAACGGCAGACAUGAUAAAAGGUUUUCCCAAUACUUACGCCUUUAGCAAACACAUCGCUGAAGAUUUGGUUCAAAGUUACAACGGGCAACUUCCGAUUGUCGUUUUUCGUCCUACUUUUGUGAUGCCAACGUUUCGAGAGCCUGUCAGUGGAUGGACAAAUAAUUAUUACGGACCCGUUGGAUUGAUGUACGGAAUUUCGUUGGGCGUUGUUCACGUUUAUCGCUUGAAGCCCGAUAAUUAUGCGGAAUUGGUGCCUGUUGACAUGGUUGUCUCUUGUUUGUUAUCAACUGCUUGGGAUAUCGCACGAAGCAAUUAUGGAUCGAUUCAAAUAUACAAUUUUGCGCCUUCCAACAAGAAUCCUCUGUUAUGGCGACGAUUUAUUGACGAAACUCUCUCGAAUGGGAAACUUAUCCCCGCAUCAAAGGCUUAUUGGUAUUACGCGUUUGAAACUGUCGAAAACAAACACUUGUUCGCUCUUUUGCAUUUCCUGUAUCACACACUUCCGGGACGCAUCGUUGAUCUUUUUUUGGGAUUUAGUAACACGAAACUCAGAUUGAGCAGAGUUUAUGCCUCGGUUGAAAAGUUGGAUUCAUCAAUGCAGUUUUUCUCGUUCAACAAUUGGAAUUUUGAAAAUACAAACGUUAUGAAAUUAUGGAAGAAAUUGAGUCCCGUGGAUAAGGAAAUGUUCUUUUUCGACAUGGAAAAUUUCGAUUGGUCAGCAUUUUGUAAAGAUUCUACUUACGGUUUUCGAAGAUAUAUCGCAAAAGAUGAUCCAUCAACGAUUCCUUUCGCCUUGAAACGUCAAAAAGUGCUUAAAAUUACGCAUUAUGUCGUCACCUAUAGCAUCAAAGGACUUGCUUUAUAUCUUCUUAUUUUGCUUUUCUCAUGGAUUUUCAAUGUUUUCAAAUAUUUCAUGUUCAAUUAA